AUGCUGCCCUCGCAGGAAGCCUCCAAGCUCUACCAUGACAACUACGUGCGGAACUCGCGCGCCAUCGGCGUGCUCUGGGCCAUUUUCACCAUCUGCUUCGCCAUCAUCAACGUGGUGGUCUUCAUCCAGCCCUACUGGGUGGGCGACAGCGUCAAUACGCCCAAACCCGGUUACUUUGGGCUGUUCCACUACUGCGUGGACUUCAGCACCAUCCCCUCGGGCGCCUUCCAGGCGGCGGCCUUCUUCGUGCUGCUGUCCAUGGUGCUGACGCUGGGCUGCAUCACCUGCUUCGCCCUCUUCUUCUUCUGCAACACCGCCACCGUCUACAAGAUCUGCGCCUGGAUGCAGCUGCUGGCAGCGCUCUGCCUGGUGCUGGGCUGCAUGAUCUUUCCCGAUGGCUGGGAUGCAGAGACCAUACGGGACAUGUGCGGGGAGAAGACAGGGAAAUACUCCUUGGGCGACUGCUCCGUGCGCUGGGCUUACAUCCUGGCCAUCAUCGGCAUCCUCAACGCCCUCAUCCUUUCCUUCCUGGCCUUCGUCCUCGGCAACCGGCAGAAUGACCUGCUGCACGAGGAGCUCAAGACAGAGAGCAAAGAUUUUGUCGGCACUGCG